UUUUUUUUUUUCCUUGAAUUUAGGUUCCAAAAUCAUUUUAAUGAAGUUGCUUUGAAGGAAAUUGUUACUUGGGAAUGUUGAGUUUGUCUGGGUUUGGAGGAAAUUUUGUGGGCUUCUAGGUUUCUCUGUAUGUAAUGUUUCAUUAUCUGAAGGCUUUAGUGUGUUUCUCUGGUUAUUAUGAGUAUGGCCUACAAGGAUUUGAAGGAUUGAAUUUCGAUAUUUUUUGUAGCUUUCUUAACUGACACUGUAGAAAUGUUGGUCGGUUUCUUUCUUUUCCGCUUUCGAAGACCUUUAUGUGUAGUGGAACAGUAUGAGAGCAAAGAAAUGGAUGAAACGGCUAAGAAUUUGUACUGAACUGAGGUUGGGGAAGAUAAUGAAGUGCCUUUGUUCCGGAGAGCAGUUAAGAGCAGAUGAAAUGGUUCCUUCUUCCGAGUCCCUGGCAACAAGGGACUAUUCAGCAAGUGGGUAUUCUUCUAAAGCAGGUGAAAGUGAGCAGAAGCCAGAUACUGGAAACAUUGAAGAAGCUGAAUCAUCUCUCCGUGAAAGUGGUUGCCUGAAUUAUGAGGAAGCAAGAGCAUUGCUAGGAAGGCUCGAGUAUCAAAGAGGAAAUGUCCAAGCUGCACUUCAUGUAUUUGAAGGAAUAGACAUUGCUGCUGUGACACAAAGGAUAAAAUUCUCCAUUGCUCAAAGAAAAGAGCGCCGAAGGCGUCAUUCCCAAAGUGAUGUUUCUCCACCCAUGCCCAUGCAUGCUGUCAGUUUGCUAUUUGAAGCAAUUUUUCUGAAAGCAAAAUCAUUGCAGGACCUUGGAAGGUUUCAAGAAGCUGCUCAAUCAUGCAAAAUUAUUCUGGACACUGUUGAAUCUGCAUUACCCGAAGGCUUUCCUGAAAACAUGGGUACUGACUGUAAAUUGCAAGAGACUCUAAACAGGGCUGUUGAGCUACUUCCAGAAUUAUGGAAACUUGCUGGCUUUCCUCAUGAAGCUAUUUUGUCAUAUAGGCAUGCCCUCCUUCAUCAUUGGAGCCUUGAUGCAGAGACCACUGCAAAGAUACAGAAAGACUUUGCCAUUUUUCUUCUCUAUGGUGGUUAUGAUGCAAGCCCCCCAGAUCUUCGUUCCCAAAUGGAAGGUUCCUUUGUACCAAGGAACAAUAUAGAAGAGGCCAUUCUUUUGUUAUUCAUCCUAUUAAGAAAAUUUGCUCUUAAAAGGAUUGAGUGGGAUCCAUCAAUUAUGGACCACCUAUCAUUUGCUCUCUCUGUGUCAGGAGAACUAAGAGCCUUGGCCAAUCAGAUUGAGGAAUCGCUUCCUGGGAGUAUGGAUAGGAAAGAAAGAUAUUACACCCUAGCUCUGUGUUACCAUGCUGAAGGUGAAAAUGUGGUUGCUCUGAAUCUACUGAGGAAACUGUUGACUAGCAGAGAGAAUCCAAAUUCCAUGGCAGCAUUAUUACUAGCUUCAAAGAUUUGCGUGGAAAACCUUAACCUGCCUCAGGAAGGAGAAGCUUUUGCUUGUAGAGCAAUUGCUCCCCUGCAGGGGGAAUGCAAUCAGAUGGGAAGUGUCACCAAUUACUUACUAGGUGUCUCACUAUCAGCUCAGGCCAGAUCAUCUGGAUCUGAUUAUGAUAGGAGCAUAAGACAGGCCAAGGCACUUGAAGCCCUAGAAGCUGCUGAGAAAGAAAUGAGAGAAAGAGAACCUAGAGUUAUAUUCUAUCUGAGCUUAGAAAACGCUGAGCAGAGAAAGUUAGAUGUUGCACUUAAUUAUGCAAAGCAGUUGCUGAAAUUGGAAGCUGGAUCUAAUGUUAAAGGGUGGAUCCUGUUGGCUCGCAUAUUAUCUGCUCAAAAACGGUUUGGGGAUGCUGAGACUAUCAUCAAUGCUGCUCUUGAUCAGACUGGGAGGUGGGAUCAGGGAGAGUUGUUACGGACAAAGGCUAAACUUCAGAUUGCACAGGGCCAGUUAAAGAAUGCUGUUGAGACCUAUACCCAUCUUCUGGCUGUUCUUCAAGUUCAGAGUAAAAGCUUUGGAGUUUCCAAGAAGCUUCUGAAGAAAAACAGAGAUCGUGAUAGAAGUUUGGAAAUGGAAACAUGGCAUGAUCUGGCUCAUGUCUACAUAAGCUUGUCACAGUGGCGGGAUGCUGAAGUUUGCCUUUCCAAAUCCAAAGCAAUCAAUCCCCAUUCUGCCUCUAGAUGGCAUACCACAGGUUUACUUCAUGAAGCAAAAGGCCUCCACAAAGAGGCUCUGAAAGCAUUUUCAGGUGCAUUAGACAUUGAACCUACUCAUGUCCCAAGCCUAGUCUCCACAGCUAUUGUACUCAGAAAACUUGGUGAGCAGUCAUUGGCAGUUGUUAGAGGCUUUCUGACAGAUGCACUUCGGCUAGACAGGACAAACCAUUCUGCUUGGUACAACCUUGGGCUUCUUUGCAAAGCUGAAGGUGGUUCGUUAUUAUCAGAAACUGCUGAUUGUUUUGAGGCUGCAACUUUUCUUGAGGAAUCUGCACCAGUUGAACCCUUCAGAUAAUUUUAGUCUUAUUUACACACACCAUUUCUGUAAGCAUAAAUGUAAAUUUCUAUCUGGUCCUCCUAUUUAAUUUGAAUGUAUUUCCUUGCAAUCCAUACAUUGAUAAAAAUGGCAAUAAAAGAAAAAUUCUUUUUGUUUUC